AUGGCGCAGCCGUCGACUUUGCAAUACACGCCCUUGAGUGAUCGGGCACAGAAGGUAGUGGAAUCGUUCAUGCCUGUAGGCGACCAGGUCGACAAGCGGGUCAAAGAACUGUCCUUCGUCAAGCCACGCAAUCCAGAUAAGGAAGGGGAUACUGAGGUCUUGGACGGCGUGACUUUUACUCACCAUUUUGCCCUUGGGCCUGCGGAUGGUGAUGUGAUUCGUUGGCAUUACGUUGAAGCUGGGCCGAUCAAUGCUGAGGUUAUUGUCUUUCUGCACGGGAUCCCUGAUGCGUGGUUUCAGUGGCAUCAUCAAAUGGCUGCUCUAUCCAAGACUCAUCGUGUCAUUGCACCGGAUCUGAAGGGAUAUGGGCAGUCUGCUAAAACGCCUGGCGACUGCACGCAUGAAGGUGCAGGCGAACAGCUCUUCGCCUUUUUGCAGGUUAUUGGCGUCAAGCGCUUCAAUCUUGUCACACAUGAUCGUGGAACGGUCCAAGGCGAUUUCAUAGUAGCCAACCAUCCUGAAGCCAUCAUUCGCUAUGGUCGAGGCGAACAGCACCUUUACCAUUUUAAUCCUCAGAACGCUCCACAAGGCGACGUUUUCAUGGAUGCUCCGUAUUCUGGCAUAAUGAAAGACCCAGUACGCUUCGUUACUUGGGUGCAUAGCUUCGUUGGCGGAAAGGAACUGCCUGAAAAUGAGUUCGUCCGGAUCAUCCAGGAAUACUCCUACGAGGGCAUAAGCAAAGCUGUACCUCGUUAUUUCAACUCCUCCUCCUUCCGCGCGGAAUGGCUACAGCGUCGAAACCGUCUCCUCAAUGCUUGGAAGUGUCCAGUUCUUGUCAUGCAAGGAUAUGACAGUAAGAGCCAACCCCGAGAGUUCUACGUGGAUGCGAAAAAGUACAUUCCAAACGCAAAAAAAGUAGAGGUCACGUUCCUACCGGGCGGCCACUUUUGGCCCCUGGAAAGUCCGGAGGAGACGACAGCAGCUGUGAGACAGCUCUUGAUGAUGUAA